AUGAGCGCCGAUACAUUCCAGACUUGCUGGCUAGACCUCAACAGAGGCGCAGCCGGCCUCCAGGGCCCAUUCCUGAUAGAGAGAGAUGUUUAUCACGCUUUGCACCGGAUGGCAAACCGUUUGGUGAUGCUGCAGGGCAUGGCGAAGGUCAAAGGGGGUCCCAAGUCGCCCAAUACAACACUGCACCCGCUCAAGGCCGACAGUCUCGCCUCGCCAGCGGACAUCGCGGGUCGGCUAUAUCCCCUUGUUCUCGCACCGAUGUGCGCAGCAGUCGUGUUCUCUGAGGCUGAAUUUGGCAGUCUAGAGGCUAUCAUCCAGCUCCUCGCUUCUUGGGUUCGUCACAUCACCGCACAUGGUAACAGGAGGCUUCGUUUCCGGCCGUCUAUCAUUAUCUACCGUCACAAACUGGCGCGUCUUCCCGGUGACCUCGAGAACCGCAUUACGGCGGAGGUCCUAGCCACAUGCAAUUAUGCGAGAGAGAUGACAACCAAGCAGGCCGAGGCGACCUGGAGGGCUUGUUUUGGUAGCAUCACAGCUGUCUUGUCAACUCUCGAGGAUGAGCAGGGGGUCUGUCGGGAGGCUCUCGCCGUGUCUAACAGGACUGCGUCAUGCCCCCCAGCUCUACCACGGCUCCAGCUCAUUUCCGUCCUACGUUACGCCUGCGUCCACUUCUCGCACAACUAUAUCCACCCGAUCAAUAUAAUUCAGGGAUCGCGAAUGUUCAAGAUUACGGACGAGCUUCCCCGACAGCUAGAAGUUAUCUUCGAAUACACUGCCGAGACUGCGAUGGUGAACCCAUUAAGCUACUUGGUUGCUGCAGCGCUUGGGAUAGACAGCUUCCGCGCGGGCGUCGCAGCCUUCGAACCAGAAGACAUUUUUGAGGAAUCCUACUGGCCAUUUCUCGACCGCCUCAAACGUCUACCUACCUGGCACGCCUUCGCCGCAGCUGUCCAGCAGGACUUCAAUCAUCUCGUGCGUGAGACCCGAGGACAAGAGCCGGCAGAUGUACUGUGCAGAGCCCUGGCCAAAGUCCAAAAAUCGCUCGCUGCCACCGCCCCGGGGUCGCUGCUGGAGCGCCUGUGUCGUGAGGAGGUGUGCCUGUCAUGCCUGGCACAUAACACCCACAUCACCCUCCCCUGCCGCCAUCGCCUCUGUGACUAUUCGCCACAAUCCGCACGAAACCUCAUACCGCGGGAAUACGGGUUCUGCGCCUCACAGGCACAGCGGCCGACGCACCGGCAAUUGGCCGGCUUUUACAAACUCUUCGUGCUCAGAUCCGAUGGGUACAAGUUCGGGCGCAAGCUCCAGUUCCGCCACGAUGAGUUUCGGAGCAAUCUUGUGAGGAUGAGCAUGGCAACGGACGACAGCGUGGCCCAGGCCAAGCUUCAAUGGCCAGGUUGUAAGAUCGAUGCUAUCAUUGAGUAUAGCGGGGGCGAAUUUGAGGAAGCCCAGAUCUCCCUGAUCGGAGAGAAACUUCAGGCCUCGCUCUUUUAUCUUGAGGUGGCAGAGGCGCUACCAUCCUUCUCAACACCAGCCAGUGUAGAAAUUCUGAUCCGGUGCCGCUUGCCACCAGGUCCCGAACUGGCUGACCUGGUAAGGAGGCUACAUAGUAAGAAUGUCCAGGUCGGAUACUACGGUGACGGGCCGUCGAGGCAGGCCGAGUUUUGUACUGCAACAAUUUGGGAUCGCAUCCGCAGGGGUCAUCCCUUCGAACGUCGUCUCCAUGGUCACGGAAAUGGAGAGCGUCGUGCAUAG